AUGUGGGGCACCAUAGACAUGAGGAACUGCAUUGAAUUCGUGGCAACAGACUGUGCUGAGAUGCAUACGACUAUGGUGCCGACGCAUGAUCAUCGUGUGACGACACAUCCGACUAUCUGUCACCACUGCAAACACUUUUCCGUAAUCCUUUUGUGCCAACACAGCACCUCUUGUCGCACGUGUCUCACGCGAUAUUAUACCCAUCUCCUUUCUUGUACAGUAUAUAGUCAGCCUAGAGCUCUCUCAAGCUCCUUAGACCUUACAAUACACUGGUACAACUCGUCUUGUUUGGACCUCAAGACCUUCUCAUGCAAGACCUCUGCUGCCAAGCGGACCAUGCCUUUCUACGACUUGCCUGCCUGCUCCCCCAUCUCAUCUCCGACCACUAAUAAAAAACUCACUCUCCCCCGCCUUCUUCUUCUUUUUCUUUUUGCAGGGGCUGUGACAUUGUUAAUACAAUUUCUUCCUCCCCCAAACGCCUUCUGGGGACCUUCGCGAUUACUUUCGCUAUCUAUAAUCCCACUUUUACACCUCUGUAGUCAUCUUGUUCUAAUCUUCCGGCAAGCCGAGGCUGCGUCAGCCCUGGCUCUAGGUAUAUACGCCAGUGCUAAUCGCAAACAUCUCUCAUCCCCUGGUAAGUGGAGAAUCAUGGUUCUAGGCCAACUAGCAUACCUACAAGCCCCACCCGCCGCUCUCGUCUUGUUCUUCCUAGCAAACCCUUGUAAGUGCUUCAAAUCUACUGCACAACUCCCAGGUGCUUGUACUCUUGGGGACUGUCAUGAUAAUGUCGCACGUGUCUCACGCGAUACCAUACUAUCGCCUUUCUCGUAUAGUAUAGAGUCAGCCCAGAGCUCCUUAGACCUUACAAUCCACUCGUACAAUCAACUUUGUUUGGAUCUCAAUACCUUGUCGACUCGCUUACCAUAUUCCCCCUUCUCAGCUCAUGCAAGAGAAAAUUCUGUAGGCUUGGGGGGUUCAUUCUGCGAUGUAGAAGAGAAUAGGUUUCUCGGUGGUGUCCGAAGGCUCAUCAGCGCAGGUCUGCGAAGUACGGCUGAAGUCAACCAACAUAGUCCUUUACCUAUACAUAUGUCUAUGAGCGGCUAUAAGAACUACAAGAUUCUAGAAAUCAAAUGGAAGGUGCUAAAGAUCAGUUAUGCUGAAGUGUACUCUCCGUUAGCAGAACCUUUCCCACAGACUCCUCGCCUCUCCCUAUUGUAG